AUGAAGCCUCCAUCGGAUACUGUGAAACACAGCCUUCAGAAGCUUGCUGAGGCACGUGCCAAUCGCAGCUCUGGCACUACUUCUACCCCUGCUCCUCCACCUUACACACUCUCGGUGACCAGACCAAGCGGCACCAGCGUGAUGACCUUUGACCAACUCGAUCAAGCCGACUAUUACUAUCAAGAGGAGCCCACGCCGAUCACAAUCCACAUCGACAACUCGGUCAAUGUGACCGGCAAUGGAAACUCUAUUACUCUGCCAGCAUCGGGCCUUAACUCCUCCACCCCGACUGGUGAAACCAAAAGCUCACCUCCCAUGGGAUCGCUCACUGCCGUGAUCAUUGGCGCUUUAAGCCACGCCAACGCUCUCCGCGACGACGCCGGAGUCUUGCGACCCAUCAAUAUCAAUGUCAACUCUGGGGUCCGCGUUGACGGCGAGAAUAAUGUGAUCUCGCAUGGGGCGGGACCCAAGCCUGAACUGGGGCCUGUCAACAAGUCUGGCGACAAUAUCAACCUGAAGCGCCGUGCAAGCUCGGAGCCUACCGAGACACCUAAUACGCAACGUCGCCGUACUUUCUGA